AUGUUUAUUAUAACAUAUGAAAUCGAUAAUUAUAUUUGCUACAAGCAUAAAUACGAUAAGCAGAACUUAGCACAUUUGGACGAAAGUGUUUCAAGGAUUGAAAUGGCACACGCGAAACGAUGUUGCUUUAACUUUUGUAAAGAUUUUAAAGAAUUUGCCACUCGAGGUAGUGUAUUGGAUUUAGCUAUUGGUAUUGUUAUUGGAACUGCAUUUACUAAUGUUGUUCAAUCACUUGUUGAUGAUAUUAUUACACCUCCAUUAGGUUUACUGUUGGGUGGUGUUGAUUUUGCUAAUUUAACAAUUAAAAUGAAAAAUUUUGUUUAUACAAGUCAACCACCAGUUGUUGUUCGUUAUGGAAAAUUUAUUCAAUCAUGUCUUGCCUUACUCAUUAUAGCCAUGGCACUUUUCUGUAUUAUUAAAGCUAUAAACCAUCUAUAUAAAAUAGCAGCUAAAAAGAAAGAAAAAAAGGAAACAGACGGAAAUAUCCAGGUAACCGAAGAAGUUAAAGUAUUACGUGAAAUUCGAGAUCUACUAGCUGGCAAAUCGUCUGUGGCAUUCACGCAUAUUUAA